UGCUGCUCGUGCCCCGAGACUUUUGAACGUAGAUUCUUCGGCUGCAUAUUUCCUCUGAAGUCCACCUGGACCGCCGAAUGCGUGGCUGCGUGCCCUCGUCCUUGCCCAUCGUCGAGUCCCCAGCAUUCCCACCGGUUUGCAGACCGAGCCCAGCGCCGCCGUCCUCUCCGCCGCUUUGUCGACAACUACCCGUCCCGCUCGGUGGGCAUGGUCGUUGGCGUUGCGGAGCAGUCUUGUUCCUUUGUUAAACUGAAUCGCAGCGUUUGCGCGGCAGCUGCGUGACAUUGCUGCUUGUGGUGCAGCAGUCCUGUGCCGGCUUCACAGUGCGCGGCCGCUGGCAUACACGCCGGCCACUGGAAGAUGGCUUCGGCCGUACAGCGUCCUACCAUCCCUCUGCGGACGCCGCCGCCCCCUCCGCCACCGUUGUCUCCGCCGAGUCUGAACACCUCUGUCCGUGCAACGGUCAAGUGGUCGGGCGUGAAGGAGACAAGCCCUGUCGGGCGUCCCCCGCGCAACCCAGGCGCGGUUAGAUCUAUGCUUGACAUCGAUGUACCUGCUGCACCGACGGCCGCGCCAGAGGAGACGCACAGCAACGAUGGAAGCGAAGAACCUCACGAGGCUCUAACGCCGGUCACUCUUGGAGGCGGUCCGCGCUUUCAACAUGUCGAUCCAGAUGUCGCAAGCACAGAGGCAGCCGAUUUUCCCAAGCCACUGCCACUGGCAGCUCCCACAUCGUCGCAAGCGCCAUCUUCGAAUCCCACCCGCACCGAACACGUCGCGACACCUCCCUCGAAACGGGUCUCAGACGGUCGACUUCCAGCGGCGCGUAAUGGAAGUAGUUCAGUCUCGAAGGGUCAAACUCUCGAAGGCACAGGCCCGCCCUCACCCAAGAGCGCAACGCGCCCGUCUCUGAUGAACAAAGCGAAGAGUUUCUUGAAGAAAUCAAACCCAAAAUUGGAUAGCCUGAUCGACCAGUACGCGCCGAAAGCCAAAGCUCAAGCAGAGAGCCCGCCUUCUCCGAGCCGCGCUGCAACGAGCACGUUGGAAACGAAAGUGUUCACCCUCUCAACUCGCUCGCCUCGCACAUCUCGCACGAACUCACCACCAAGCCCAGGCACGCCCAGCAGCUCCAUCGGCGAGAUUGCAGUAGAGGUGAACGACGAUCGGUUGACAAAGGCCAGGACAUCGAGCUCAACAACAAACUUGAACAGGCCGCACCCUCCGAGAUCACGCAUAACGUGGGGCACUUCCUUUACAAAUGACGGCUUGCAGGUGCCGCUUUCGCAGCGCAAGCGCUCCGCCAGUACGGAGCAGAUGCAUCAGAUCCGCAAGCCAAACCAAGGAAUCGAAGAAGACGAAGAGGAAGAACACUUUGACGCGCCGCUGCAAGCUACAUUUUCUACUCGUGCUGGCGAAGGAGUGGGCCUGAAAGCGAGGCGUCUUAGUCUUACGCUGCCGGAUGAUUUCGUUGUUCUCACCAAGAGCCUAGAGAAGGAGUACAAGAGCACGACGGUUUUCCACUCAAAGGGUACGCUAGUGGGCAAGGGAGCGACUGCGAAAGUUACAACCAUGUGCAGACGAGACGGCCCUAAGGACGAGCUGUAUGCCGUGAAAGAGUUUAGAUCGCGGGAAAAGGACGAAACGGACCACGAAUGGUCGCAAAAGAUCAAGUCUGAGUACACGCUUGCCAACAGUGUCAACCACCCCAACAUUGUCCGUACUUUUGACCUGUGCAUCGACAAGCACAAUCGCUAUAAUCACGUCAUGGAGUUCUGUCCGAUCGAGCUAUUUACCAUAGCAGAGAAGGGCUUGUUCAAGACUUAUUACGACGAGAAAGCGAAGCUAUGCUUUUUCAAACAGAUCCUGCGUGCUGUGGCGUAUCUGCACGAUAACGGGAUCGCUCAUCGUGACAUCAAGAUGGAGAACAUCCUGAUGACUGCGGACGGCAAUCUCAAACUUACGGAUUUUGGGGUCUCGGAAGUCUUCUGCGGCGAGCAUCCCGGAGCGAGAUCAUCUGGCGGUCGGUGCGGUCAGAACAUGGGCGAGAAGAGGCUAUGUCCUCCAGGCAUUUGCGGCAGUCUUCCUUUCCUCUCGCCAGAGGUGAUUGCCAAAGAUGUCUACUACGACCCCUCGAAGCUCGACGUCUGGUCGUGCGGGGUGCUCUGGAUGUGCUUUGCCUUCUCCGGCAACCUGUGGCAGGUACCGGACCGGAAGAAUCCAAACUAUGAGACCUUCAUGAACGGGUGGGACAAAUGGAUAGCUGAGCAUCCUGAUUCUACGCCGAACGAGGAGAUUGGAUACCCGAAAUGCGGCAAGUUUAUGGCAUACAUUGGACCCGUGUCCAUCAAGAAGCUCAUCCUGAAGAUGAUGCACCCGGAUCCCAAUCAACGCAUUACGAUCCAAGAGGCAUUGAAUUGCCCGGUCAUCAAAAGCGCCGAGUGUUGCUCACCGGAAAGCUACGAGGAUGUGACUUACUCAAUUGACGUGUCCAAGAAGGCAAACGUGAGAUCCUCGAUCAAACAGUUCAAGCAUAACCAUCUUCCACCGCGCGCUGAGAACAAGGUCGCCAAGGCGUUCUCCCACCGUUUUGACAUGGGCGACGGCUAUUCAUGAGAAAACCAUCAUCAACGGGACAAUGGAACUAUUGUCCCUUGCCAUUAUUUUUCCCCUUCACGUUAUAGGGUGCAUGGGCGUCUCUUGGAACGUCCGAAGGGCUUGGGCUUCCUAGUAUUUCCACACCCUGUUUUUUUUUAGCCAUCCAGUUGCAAUCAUCACCUAUAUAAAAUACUUCGUCUAGAUGAGCUGCUAUGUCACUGCUCGACGAAGGACAUUUUUCCUCCCUCGGCGAUGGAAUCGUUACCGGGCUAGAAUUUCCCCUCACGUGGGUUCUGUAGAUAGAAGCAGGGAGAGACUCAUCCCCUGAUGCUUGCACUCCGACGAAAUGACAUCAAAGCCGUUUUGCAUUCUCAAAA